GUCUGGGUUGCAGCCUUGUGGCUGCACCGUACACGAGGCCGGGUUGCUGUGUGUGGGUCAUGGCGGCGGCGAGGGAGGUGCCGUGGCGGCGGCUAACCUGCUUGUCGUUCGGGAUGUAUACAGGCGUGGAGAUACGGAAACUGAGUGUAAAACCUAUAACCAACCCAGUUUUUCUGGAUAAUGCUGGCACACCUUCAACAAAUGGAUUGUAUGAUUUGUCGUUGGGACCACUUGACAACAAAGAAGUGUGUGCUACGUGUGUGCAGGACUUCAACCACUGCCCAGGUCACCUGGGUCAUAUAGAACUGCCACUUACUGUCUAUAAUCCUCUCUUUUUUGAUAAAUUAUUCCUUUUGAUACGAGGUUCUUGUAUGAGCUGCUGCCAUUUGACAUGUCCACGUGCCACAAUUCAUUUACUGCUUAAUCAGCUGAAGCUCUUGAAAAUUGGGUUGCUUCAAGCAGUCCAUGAGCUUGAGGCCGUCUUAAGUAGGUUUUUAGAAGACAACGCAGGCACAUGUGGUGCAGACAUUGAAGAAAUGUUAAGUUUGAAGACAGAAGAAAUGCUUCAGAAUAACCAACUAAGAGACCAAGGUGCCCAUGUAAAAAAUGUAUGUGAUUGUAGAAAUAAACUUAUUUCCCAGUUCUGGAAAUCACACAUGAAUUCAAGGAGAUGUCCAAACUGCAAAGCGGGAAGAUCACUUGUCCGAAAAGAGCACAAUAGCAAACUCACCGUGACUUACCCCACUGUGGUACUCCAAAAGUCAGGCGAACAAACGAUAGUGGAGGAAGCUGCAACCAUAGAAGAAACUCAGCUAGGAAAACGAGGCUUCAUGACACCUACUACUGCCAAACAACACAUUGAAGCUUUGUGGAAAAAUGAAGGAUUUUUCCUUUGCAAGCUUUUUUCUGGCAUGACAGUCACUGGUGAUUCAAGUUUCAAUCCUGAUAUGUUCUUCCUAGAUAAACUUGUUGUUCCACCUUCUAGGUAUCGACCUAUGAGUUGUGUUGGAGACCAGAUGUUUGCAAAUGGUCAAACGGUAAACUUGCAAGCUGUUAUGAAGGAUGCAAACUUGAUUCGAAAGCUUUUGGCUUUUAUGGCUCAAGAACAAUGUCAGUCCAAGCAAACUGAAGAGGAAAACCUCAAGAUGAUGGAACAGCAACCCUUGGAACCUCUAGAUCAUUCUGUCCUGGUGACAAUCCCAGGGCAGUCUCCUGCAGAUAAGCUAUACAACAUUUGGAUUCGCCUGCAGAGUCAUGUAAAUAUUUUGUUUGACAGUGACAUGGAUAAAUUAAUAUCUGAAAAAUACCCUGGUGUGCGUCAGAUUCUGGAGAAAAAGGAUGGUCUGUUUCGUAAGCACAUGAUGGGAAAGCGAGUGGAUUAUGCUGCUCGGUCGGUCAUUUGUCCUGAUAUGUACAUUCAGACCAAUGAAAUUGGUAUUCCUAUGGUAUUUGCUACCAAACUGACCUAUCCUCAACCUGUGACUCCCUGGAAUGUUCAGGAAUUGAGGCAAGCCGUUAUAAAUGGACCCAACCAGCACCCUGGUGCUUCCAUGAUUAUCAAUGAAGAUGGGUCUCGCACAGUAUUGAGCAUAACUAGCCAGACUCAAAGGGAAGCCAUAGCCAAACAGCUCCUAACUCCUUCCACUGGGGCACCAAAGCCAGGGAUAAAAAUUGUGUGCCGCCAUAUUAAAAAUGGAGAUGUCCUUCUGCUGAAUCGACAGCCCACCCUCCAUAGGCCCUCCAUCCAAGCUCAUCGAGCAAGAGUUCUGCCUGGAGAAAAGGUUCUGAGGCUUCACUAUGCCAACUGCAAAGCUUACAAUGCUGAUUUCGAUGGUGAUGAAAUGAAUGCUCACUUCCCUCAGAAUGAGCUUGGCCGAGCAGAAGCUUAUAUUCUGGCCUGUACUGAUGAGCAGUAUCUUGUUCCUAAGGAUGGAAAACCAUUGGCAGGGUUGAUCCAAGAUCACAUGGUCUCUGGUACCAGCAUGACCACACGGGGCUCCUUCUUUACCCGAGAACAGUAUGUGGAACUUGUAUACCAAGGGCUGACAGACAAAAAAGGAAAAGUAAAGCUUCUCCCUCCAUCCAUUAUAAAACCACAGACAUUAUGGACAGGAAAGCAGGUUGUUUCUACAGUGCUAAUUAAUGUAAUUCCAGAGGAUCAUGCUCCACUGAAUUUAUCUGGGAAAGCUAAAAUUGGUGCAAAAGCCUGGAUGACAGUACCGGCUUCUAGAAUGUAUGGACCAGAUCUUGAUUUUAUGUGUGAAUCUCAGGUUUUAAUUAGAAAUGGAGAGUUGCUCUGCGGAGUCUUGGAUAAAGCUCACUAUGGUAGUUCUGCCUAUGGUUUAGUUCACUGCUGCCAUGAGGUCUAUGGUAGUGAGACCAGUGGAAAGGUUUUGACUGCUUUGGCUCGGCUCUUUACUGCCUACUUACAAUUCUACAAAGGGUUUACAAUGGGAGUUGAAGAUAUUUUGGUCAAAUCCCGGGCAGACCGCAAGAGAUGCAAGAUCAUCACUGAAAGUACUCUCUGUGGUACAAAGGCUAUUAAAGCUGCUUUUAACUUACCACUAUCUGCCUCAUGUGAGGAGGUCCGAAGCAAAUGGCAGGAUGCCCAUCUUCACAAAGAUCAGAGAGAUUUUAACAUGGUUGAUCUGAAAUUCAAAGAGGAAGUUAACCAUCACAGCAAUGAAAUUAACAAGGUGUGUAUGCCUCUUGGACUUCACCGGAGUUUUCCAGAAAAUAAUUUGCAGUUGAUGGUGCAAUCAGGAGCCAAAGGCUCUACUGUGAAUACUAUGCAGAUUUCAUGCCUGCUGGGUCAGAUUGAGUUAGAAGGUCGAAGACCUCCACUGAUGACAUCUGGUAAAUCACUGCCGUGUUUCCAGCCAUAUGACUUUUCCCCUAAAUCAGGAGGAUUUGUAACAAGUAGAUUUCUCACUGGAAUUAAACCUUCAGAGUUCUUCUUCCAUUGUAUGGCUGGUAGAGAAGGUCUAGUGGAUACCGCUGUCAAAACCAGCCGAUCUGGAUACCUUCAAAGGUGUAUCAUAAAACAUUUGGAAGGGCUGAUAGUUCAUUAUGACCUGACGGUGCGAGACAGUGAUGGCAGUGUGAUUCAGUUUCUCUAUGGAGAAGAUGGGCUGGAUAUCCCCAAGACACCAUUCUUGCAACCCAAGCAGUUUCCUUUCAUUGCAGAUAACCACAAGGUGAUGGAGAAAUCAAAGCACUUAAAAGAAAUUCUAUCAAAAAUGGACCAUCAGCAAGCAAACACACAGUUCGGGUUGAUCAAGAGAUGGCAAGUCAAGCACCAACAGCCUUUGAUGAGAAGGGAAGGAGGCUUUUUGCUGUUUUCCCAGAAAAAAAUGGCUGGUAUAAAAGCACAGAUUGCUACAGGAGAACUUGUAAAUGGUCGGGAUCCUGCAACUCUACAGCUGUUGAAGAUGUGGUAUGAAUUGAGUGAGAAGAAUAGGAAUAAGUAUCAAAAGAAGGCAGCAAAAUGUCCCGAUCCUAGCCUUGCUGUCUGGCGACCAGACAUCUGUUUUGCAUCUGUGUCAGAAAUAUUUGAAAAUGAUGUAGAAAGCUUCCUUGGAGAGUGGGACAUUCAGGAUCGUUGCAGCUACAGCAAAUCUGAACUUUCUUCUCAAAGAUUAAAGGACUUGCUGCAUUUAAAAUGGCAACAAUCACUCUGUGACCCAGGAGAAGCUGUGGGUCUUCUUGCUGCUCAAAGUAUUGGGGAACCUUCCACACAGAUGACAUUGAACACCUUUCAUUUCGCUGGAAGAGGGGAAAUGAAUGUUACACUAGGUAUCCCAAGGUUGCGUGAGAUCCUAAUGGUAGCCAGUGCUAAUAUUAAAACCCCUAUGAUGAGUGUUCCUGUACUUAAUACCAAGAAAGCACACAAGAGGGUGAAAAGGCUCAAGAAGCAACUUACCAGAGUGUGCUUAGGCGAGCUGUUACAAAAAGUUGACAUCAGAGAGGCUCUGUGUUUGGAGGGUAUGCUGAACAAGCACCGUAUCUACACCAUUAAAUUUAGUCUUUUGCCAUAUGAAUGCUAUCGGGAAGAGAAAUGUUUGAAGCCAAAGGACAUUCUUCAUUAUAUGGAAUCAAGAUUCUUUAAAAUCUUGCUGGAAACUAUUAAAAGGAAAAGUUCGAAGUUAGCAUCUUAUAACACUGUCAGCACUCGAAGAGCACUCCAGAGGGAUUUAGAAGUUGUUGAGGAAGGUGGUGCAUCUCUGGAAAGCAAGGAUGACUAUGAAGCUGAAGCUGAGGAACAGGAGAGAGUUCCUGAUGGUGAAAUAGGUGAAGGGGAUGCUGAUGCUUCAGAUGUAAAAAGCAAAGCAAAACAGGAAGAGGAGGUUGAUUAUGAGAGUGAUGAUGAUAAAGAAGGGGAUGAUGAUGACAUCCCAGAUCAGGAAGAGGCUGCAUUGCAUGAAAGCAACCCAGAGUCACUUGCAACUCAGGAUGAGACUUAUGCUCCUUUGUCCAGUCAACAAGCUCAGGACGACAAGAAAAGUUCUGAUGAAUUGGAAGAACACAGAGUUAAAGCUGUACUGGAAAGUCAUGAUGCUAUAGAGAGCUAUGCAUAUGACAUCAACAAUGAAUUGUGGUGUGAGGUUUCACUGAAGCUUCCUAUAACGAAGGAGUACUUUGAUCUUGCCGCACUAGUGACAACUCUAGCAAACAGCGUGGUUAUCCAAGAGACAAGGGGGAUCACACGAUGUUUCUUAAAUACAACCAGCAAUAAGAAUGGAGAAACAAUACUCACUAUGCAAACUGAAGGGAUAAACCUUCCAGAACUGUUCCAGUAUGUAGAAAUUUUUGAUGUAAACAGACUUUAUUGCAAUGACAUUCAUGCAAUGGCCAGUACCUAUGGCAUUGAAGCUGCUUUGAGAGUUCUUCAGAAAGAAAUUAAAGAUGUGUUUUCUGCAUAUGGGAUCGCUGUAGACCCUCGACAUCUCUCUCUGGUGUCAGACUACAUGUGUUUUGAAGGCAUUUAUAAACCAAUGAAUCGCUAUGGGAUGCAGUCCAAUUCAUCCCCCUUACAGCAAAUGACAUUUGAAACAAGCUUCAAGUUUUUGAAGGAAGCAGCCAUGCUGGGCUCCUAUGAUGAACUACAAUCUCCUUCUGCAUGCCUGGUGGUAGGAAAAGUGGUAAAAGGAGGAACUGGCUUGUUUGAUCUCAAGCAACCUCUUAAAUAAGCCUUUUAAGCUGCUACAUUGCAAGGAAUGGAGAUGUUGCUGUGGUGUGGGGGUUCUUUGCAAGUUUGCUGAAUGUAAUAUUACUGGUUGAACUUUUUGAGUAGAUUUGACCUGUGCCUUUGGAUCUUCAGGGAUUGUAUUUAAAAAUAAAUGUCUUGUGCAAUGUC